AUGAGUUCAACAACCGUUCUUGAAGCAUUUCCAAAAUUAACGCUUGAACAUCAAGCAUCAGAGCCGAACAACAAAAGGCAGGAGUUUUCAUUAUCCAAAAGCAUCUAUAAUGGUCAUUCGUCAAAGAUAUCAGAGGAGGAGAAGCUUGUUGUGAAGGAGAAGAAUGGCACUUCAAACACAUACUCUCUUCCUACAGACUAUGCAUACGCAGAUUUGCUUCCUUCAUUCCCAGAUUCCAAGGACAGGCCCCUCGAUAAAGUCGAAUUUCAUGAUCGUGGACUCCAAGCAGAUCCCAGUUUCUCCAAUCUAUUUCGAGACGUCACAAAGAUUGAGCAUUUAGGAAGGGACUUGGGAACUGCGUUGCACGGAGUUCAGUUGAGUCAACUGAGUAACGUACAGAAGGAUGAAUUGGCUCGAUUGAUGGCAGAACGAGGCAUUGUUUAUUUCCCCGAUCAAAAACAGAGCAUUGAGGAAUUUGAGGCAUUGGGUCUCUACUACGGAACACCUCAUAUUCAUGGUGCCAAUGCGAUUCCAAGAAAUGAACGCUGGAAAAACUUUCAUGUCGUUUAUAGUGACGAUAAAACCCAAUCGGAUACCGUCCAAAACGUUCCUCAGAUCAGACAAAUCCACACGGACGUCAGUUUCGAAGAACAGCCUACAGCACAAACUUUCUUCAAAGCUUUAAAAGUUCCCGACCAAGGAGGCGAUACAGUGUUUUAUUCCGGAUACGCUGCUUAUGAGGCUCUUUCCGACCCUCUGAAGAACUACUUGGAGGGCUUAACAUUGGUACACUCUGGUGUCGAGCAAGCAGAAAUGAGACGCAAAGCAGGAUUUGCCACGCGUCGCGAGGGGAUUUUGAACGCUCAUCCAAUUGUCCGUACCCACCCAGUUACAGGAUGGAAGUCUCUAUACGUUAGUCCUGGUUUCAGUCGAUACAUUCCUGAAGUUCCUAGGGCUGAAUCCGAUGCAAUUUUGAACUUUUUGUACGAACAUGUAGCAAGUUUAUCUGCUUCUACCGUCAAAAUUCGAUGGGCUGAAAACGGUGUCGUCGCAUGGGACAAUCGUGUUGUCUUGCACAGAGCUACAUAUGACCAUUAUCCUCAAACCCGUCAUUUCAUCCGUAUUGCUGCCCGUGGUGAAAGACCCUUUUUGGACAAGAAUAGUCGUCAGCGCAAAGAUGUGCUUUCCGAAUCCAACUAA